UGUUACCUCUGAAGCAGCAAUGUCAUCACAAUUAGACUAAAGGAUUAGUGAAGUUCCAGGUGAGAAUUUCCAUCACUCCUGGCAGCAAUGGCAUCAGGAAAAGACACUUGUCCUAUCUUACCUAAACUGGCCAACAACUGCUCAGAUGAGAAGUCAAAUAAGCCUGAUAAUAAGAGUAGUGAGAUUCAUUUGCCACGAUUUUCGUUAAAGCAAGGGAUGAUCCCAAGACGUUACACUAUGCCUUGGAAAGAAAGUAUGGAAUUCAGGAGUGUGAAUCUGAAGCAUGCCGAAGCGUGUGGGAUCUAUGCUGGCCCUUUGGAAGACUCUCUGUUUUUGAAUCACAGUGAAAGGCUUUGCCAUGGGGAAGACCGUAAAGUGGUGCUAAAGAAAAGCCCAUCGAAAAUAAAAAUCGCAGAUAUGCCUAUGCAUUCGCCUCUCUCCAGAUACCAAAGCACCGUGAUUUCCCAUGGCUUCAGGAGACGGCUGGUUUGAUGGAAGAAGAAUAAAGUGAUGAAGCAUUGCACUCAUUCUUGAGCUUGCUCUCUCUCUCUCACAAAUGUUAAGUCCAUUGAACAUUUACAUUUCAC